AUGGGCUCGCGCAACGAGGACCGGUCCUUCAGCACCAUGGGCGCGUCGGGCGUCGCCAUCGCGCCGCACAUCCGCGACGCCCUCGAGCAGGCGCGCCUCGCGGCCCAGGAGUCCGAGGCGCCGCGGGAGCCGCUCAUGGAGGCGCCGUCCUUCCCCAAGCCCGCGAGCGAGACGGCCCGGGACGCGGAGGACCUGCGGAAGGCGCUCGAGCGCGCGAACGCCGUCGAGGGCGACCUGAGCCGCGCGCUGCUCAAGGUGUCGUCGAGCGGCCGCCGCGAGUCGAGCCUGGUGAACCGUCUGGCCGAGAAGGAGAAGCAGGUGCGGGACCUGCGGGCCUACGUCCACGACGCGCUCCGGCUCCGCGACAAGGCGCACGCCUACCUGCGCGCGUCGCACCUCGACCCGGCCGUCUUCGGGAUGUUAGGCCCAUUCUAUGACUAG